CUUUUUUUAAAUAGAUGAAUAAAUAUGAUGUAUCAACAUAAAGACAUACAAGCAAACCAUCUAAGAAAGUUUCAAAAAGUAAAUACUUCUACCUUACUCAUUUAGUUUUUCAAUCUGGUUGGAAAAUUAUAGAUGUAUAAAUUAUAAAUCUUUAAAUUAGGCGUCUCUAUUUUUAGGAUUCAAAUAUACUACAGCGAAAAAACUUAUCAUGAAAUACAGAAGAACUUGUAUCUUAAAGAAGAUGGUUUUUAAAAAUUAAAAAAGAUGUAAUUAUAAAAAGAUAAAUGGUUCAUAUUCGAAUAUGAAAAUCAAAUGUACAUUAGGUGGAAAAAGAAUCAAAAGUAUAAAAUAAAGAGAAUAAUGAUUGUGAAUUUAAUGAAUCAAUAUUUUCUAAUAAAUAACGA